AAAGUGUUGGGAUUACAGGCCUGAGCCACUGCGCCAGGCCUGUAUUCCUUUACGUAUGGAAAUGAGGUUAACGCAUUCUCUGGAACCGAACGCCCUCCCCUCCCCCCACUCGGAUCGUUGGCGUGAACUCAGCCUCCCAGUGCCCUCCGCUUAUCUCCCAAUCCAGGCGCACAAAUUGUUGCAAAGUCCUGCACUUAGGGAUGAGACUGUGCCUUUGCGUUUCGUUGCUUUGUUUUGCAACAAUGCUGGUGUGAGGGAUCGAAGUCCUAGCUUGGGCUCUCGCCCUCUUAGCUUUCUUGGGCCUCCGGGCGCCUCAAACGUAAAACUAGGCCGUUUGAAGCCUGCCAAGCGAAGAUCGGUUGGUCUGCAGGCUUGGCUGAGCUGGGUCAGGGGGUCCCCCGGGCAGGCGGCGGAAGCAGAGUCUCGGCGGCCUUGGGUUACCGGAGGGUCUGAGUUGGGGACCUGGGAGAGCCGCGGGCCUCGCUCCUCCCCGGACGGGGCGGGACGGGGAAGUCCCGCCCAGCAGGCCCGGGCCCUUCACAGCCCCGAGGGCUGCGUCCGCCUCCUUCCUGCCACUGCAACCCCCGGCCCAGAGGAUAGGCCCCAACCGCAGAGGAGGUGGAGGAGGCAGAAGCUGCCGGGCCAUGCCCGGGUCGUCCCGCCCCGCCCUCCUUUGGGACCUGGUACUGGGCGUACUGGGCACCGCUGCCUUCCUGCUCGACCUGGGCGCGGACCUGUGGGCUGCCGUCCAGUAUGCGCUCGGCGGCCGCUACCUGUGGGCGGGUCUGGUGCUGGCGCUGCUGGGGCUGGCCUCGGUGGCGAUGCAGCUCUUCAGCUGGCUCUGGCUGCGCGGCGACCCCGCCGACCUGCACGGGUCGCAGCCCCCGCGCCGCUGCCUGGCGCUGCUGCAUCUCCUGCAGUUGGGCUACCUGUACAGGUGCAUGCAGGGGCUGCAGCAGGGGCUGCUGGUAUGGCGGCAGGAGGAGCCUUCUGAGUUUGACUUGGCCUACACGGACUUCCUCUCCCUGGACAUCAGCAUGCUGCGGCUCUUUGAGACCUUCUUGGAGACAACACCACAGCUCACGCUGGUGCUGGCCAUCAUACUGCAGAGCGGCCAGGCUGAGUGCUACCAGUGGGUUGGCAUCUGCACGUCCUUCCUGGGCAUCUCGUGGGCACUGCUUGACUACCACCGGGCCUUGCGCACCUGCCUCCCCUCCAAGCCCCUGCUGGGUUGGGGCUCCUCCGUGAUCUACUUCCUGUGGAACCUGCUGCUGCUGUGGCCCCGAGUCCUGGCUGUGGCCCUGUUCUCAGCCCUCUUCCCCAGCUAUGUGGCCCUGCACUUCCUGGGUCUGUGGCUGGUGCUGCUGCUCUGGGUCUGGCUUCAGGGCACAGACUUCAUGCCGGACGCCAGCUCUGAGUGGCUGUACCGGCUGACGGUGGCCACUAUCCUCUAUUUCUCCUGGUUCAACGUAGCUGAGGGCCACACCCGAGGCCGGGCCACCAUCCACUUGGCCUUCCUCCUAAGUGACAGCAUUCUCCUGGUGGCCACCUGGGUGACUCAUAGCUCCUGGCUGCCCAGCAGGAUUCCACUGCAGCUGUGGCUGUCUGUGGGAGGCGGCUGCUUCCUUCUGGGCCUGGCUCUGCGGCUUGUGUACUAUCGCUGGCUACACCCUAGCUGCCGCCGCUGGGAACCUGAGCCUGACCAGGUGGAUGGGGCCAGGAGUCUACUUUCCCCAGAGGGUUAUCAGCUGCCUCAGAACAGGCGCAUGACCCAGUUAGCACAGAACUUUUUCCCCAAGGCUAAGGAUGGGGCUGCUUCGCCAGUGAAGGGAGAGGUGAACGGCGUCCUUUGAAGCAGGAUUAGACCCAGCGGGCAGAGAUGGACAGUGACUCCGCUGGCAGAAGGGAGGCGAGGAUAAGCUAAUGAUGCUGCUGUGGGCUCCAUGCACUCACCAAGAGUGGGACGCCUGUGCUGGGCCAGGCACCAGGGAUGCUGCUGAGUGGGGUAGAGGCCUGCCUUCAAGGAGUUCAAGAUGAGAACAGAGAACAAGAUGAGAAGGGCUGGGCCCUGAAGAGUCAAUAGCCCCAGUUAGGUACAAGACACUUGGGGAGGAAAGACGACUACCUUUUCUUUUCCCCCUGCCAGUUGGUAUAGCUGGUGCCCCAAAACUUUCUACCUCCUUGGCUACCUCUAAAAUAACUGGUGUAGGUGCUGCCCCUUAGCUCCCCUAUCCAGGGCUAGAAGGCGGCAGCACCCCCCAGGGGCUGUCCUUUAGAAUUCUUCCUCCCUUCCCCACACCAUUCUUUCAAUUCAUGAAACAAAUCUUUGCUAAGAGCAGUUUAUGUGCCAGGAACAUCAUUCUAUCCUUGCAGCCUGGAACAAGACCAGCUACCACCCUAGCUUCAUGCCCUACCUGCACCAACCAGUCCUGGGUUAGAUCUUAAAUGCCGGAAGCCAAGGAUGCCCAACUCUGGGUGACCCCCGUCAACCUCCAAGAUCUCAGUGAACCUGGCCUGGCCUCUGCUUCUGCUCUCAAGGGGCUGCUUUUCAACCAAGAGCCUUGUGAGCCUGUGUUCUGGGCCUUGCACAGCCACUGAGUUUUAUUCCUUAGCCAGUGUACCUCCUACCUCAGAGUCUAUGUGAGGGGAAGAGAAUGUGUGUGCCUGUGUGUCUCUGCAAGUGACACACGUGUUGUUUUUGUUUAACAGUAUUAUUAGGUUUUUAAAGCCUCAUGAAAUCCUCCAACCUAGUCUGUUAUCAUUAAACAAAAUCUAUGGAGUUCAGAGCCUGAACUGGAGGUAGUCAGGGACAUAAAAUCUACUUCUCAAAAUCGGUCAAGGCCCCCAGACCAGAGAGAGGGCUGGCUCAGGUGGGGCUUCUCAACCUUGUUUUUGAAGUUUAAGGAGGUGGUGAGCCAGCAUGGGGCUGACAGCUUAGCUGGGGAUCAGAAUCCAGAUCUGGGCUGACUUAGUGCAUCAUCUUCACCACCAGCUCUGCUGCUGGGACCAGCAGGAGUGGCCAUAAACAUAUUUGGGGCCAAGAAGUGAACAUAACAGCCUGGUGAAGAAAGGUCUUUUUGCUGGGAGCUCUGAGAGGUUAAGUGAUGAGGUGGCUUAGGGGAUGUAGAUGUGGGUGGCUGAUGGUGCUGGGGAGGUGGAAUCUUUUGCUGUUAUAGGAGGUCUGUGGUUUGGAGAAACAAGGGAAAGAAAAGUCACUUGAGAUAGAGAAGAAAAGUUUCCAGUUACCACUGUGAUGGGAUUCAGGAUAGUUUCAGUUCUGUUAUUCUGCUGGAGACACAAAAACCAGGAUAAGUAAAACAUUUAAUAUAUUAGAUAGUGUUAAGUGCUAAAAGAAAAAGGGAAAGGGCUAGGGAGAGAGUAGGUAUUUAUGUGUUGGGGGUGGGAAUUACAACUUUGUAUAGAAUGGCUGGGGAAGGCCUUCCUGAAAAACUAAUAAGCCGGUUAACAGUGACGGGUGUCCAAGUUUCAGGAGAAGGAGCAGAACCUGGAGUCACUGGUGGCUUGAACCAGUCAAGGAAGGAAUGUUGCAAAUAGAAUUCCACAGGAUGAAGAAGCCUUCGUAGCCACUCUGUUGGCCUGGAGCUAAAGAUGACCCAGAGAUGAAGGGUGGGGGCAGGGAGAGGGUCUGUGAGGACAAUGCUGGUGACUUUUACAUACAAGCAAUGGUUAGAGCAGAAAGGAUCCCGCAGACCAUCCUGUCUAGACAUUUUCAGACUUCUGAAUAUCAUGAACCUAUAAAAUGGCCAACAUGGUUGCAACUUAAUUUUAACAAAAAACGUCAUUAAAAACUACCACCAUUUAUUUUCAUCAUCUCAUAAAAGGAUGUACCAAUCCUAGAACAAAGGACCAUUCUUCUAAUAGAAUACAUAUAAACACACACACCUGCAAUUAAUUGCAGGAGGAGAUGGAGAUGUUUUACUCUGUGCUUGGAAAUCAAUUUCUCUAAUAUUUUUACUUAUAACUGAGUAGGGAUAUAGCAGCUAA